AUGUCCGCCCUUCUCGCCGCUUUGUCGCCAGUCCCUCUGCCCACUCCAUCUCAGCCGGUGCUGGACGGCCGUCGCCUUCCCCUCCCUCCCGAGAUUCUGGUCUUUGCGCUCCAGUCCCUCCCCACAGCGGACCUCGCGUCCUGCCUCCGCGUAAACUCUGGCUUUGCUCACCUCUCCCUCCCCCUCCUCUACCAGCACGUGCGACUAGGUGACCGCGCGUGGCCAGGAUACGACGACGCCUCCAUCUCUGGCCCGCUCAGCCUCUCGCGCCCGACAUACUUAUCCCUCGCUCAGCUCGUUCAUCGCACUCGCACAGUUGACAUCUACUCCCACUCAACCACGCGAUGCACCGUACACACCCUUCCCCCCCUUCCUAAUGUGGCAGUCAUCCGCCUCUUCUUAGGAACGGUAUGGAGCGGCAGGCGAAUUUACCACACCGACGCCAACCCCUUCCCCUCCCCAUGUUCCGCCCUCUGCUCGAUGCACGCCCCGAAACUCGUCGUGCACGGCCUCACACUCGCCCACUCGCGCAUACCCCACCUCCCGAGGUCAUUGGAAAGCAGCGUAAACCACUUGGUGGCCGUCUUCGAGCCCGAGGCGCCCUUCAUCCUCCCGCGCAAUGGGCUCGCUGCGGCUCGAACAGCCGCUGCCCAUUUCCGAGCCACCCUGCCCGAAAAUACCUUGCACUUGACCCUCGUGUUCAGAAGGCGGAAUUGGCGGAACUGGCGGAACUGUAACACGACAUUGUCAUGGGCACUGGUACAUGCCUACGCGUCGGCACUUUGGGCACAAGUCAUCGGGUGGGUGUGUAAGGGCGGGAGACUGACCAUCGUCAACGUCGGUGCCCUUACUGCGGCUGAAGAAGAAGAGACCCCGUGCGCUGCAGACUGUGCGGCACUGCAGGCGGCUAUACGGCGGUACUUUGCGGUUGAUAUCGCCGAGCGGAUGGGGGACGAUGCGGGCGCUGUGCUGGAAAACCUCGCGUUCUGGAGUAUGGAUCAGUUCCUCGCUUUAGAGGAGGCUGAUGACGUGUUUGACGCGGACGAGUAG